AUGGUGUUUUUUUCGAAGAAGCACGGGAUUUAUAGUUCAAAGCUGACACUUCAUGUGUACAGCAUAGCCCUACAGUGUAUGAUGGGCGUACGAAUGAUUUUGUGCUCGCCGAACUUAGGAGACUUGAGCUUGGUGUUUAAAGUGAGAUCACUCCAAGACGUCUAUGAAUUGGGAUUCGACCUCUUACAAUAUGGUGGAAUAGCACACAUCGGAUUAGCACUAUUAACACUGGGUGGCGUUUUCCUAACCUAUUUCUUUGUGAGCCUUUUCCGCAUUCCGAUGAUUGUGGUUUCCAUGAUUCAAGGCUCAUUUUGCAGCACUACAGCCUUGGUCUGUGUUUACUUGUUGCAAAAGGGAUACUCUAGCGUUAAUAGGUUAGUUGACUAUUUGGCCACUACUGGUAGUUAUUUGGGCUUCGACCUUAAACGAACGAACAUGCUGGUGGACAAACGAACUGAACUGUUUUUAAUUGGGAUCCUAGCCACAAUGGCCUCGUCAAUGUACUCGCGUGCGCAAUGCGUGAGCGGUGACGAUUCGUGCCCUGAAACUAUGAUUAACGCACCCAGCCUUACCAUUGGCCUUGCAAUUUCAUUUGCUCUAAUCGCCCCUUGUAGAGAUUAUAGAAUUGUAAUUUUAGGGGUAAUUUGGCUCCUGGCAUGCAUUGUAGGUGAAGUUAUCACUACCAUUGGAAGCUUCAAGAUUUUCAAAUUUGUAAACUACACCCUAAUAGUAGUCCACUGUUCGAUGUUUGUCUUUUCAGUGGUGACAAUUAUCCAUUGUGUUAGAAUUUAUACUCAUGGCAGGCUGGAUUACUCUUCUUAUCUUUCACUGGUCAACGGUGAAAUAAAGAGCUAUGUUGGCGACUACAUUAAUGGUCACGCUGAAACUUUGAACAAAUAUGUUAAUUAUGACACGGUUAAAGGGUAUUUCCAAAAUCUCACAACUCAACACACUGAUGAACAAAUUAACCUUUACAUGGGAAAUGGCUCCUUCCUACUCGUAGUAAUAUUAUUGUGUACAGUUAAUACUGUGUUCAGUUUAAUGGCCACUCUCUACACCUUGUUCAAGUUUUUCGACAUUUUCAGCGACGGAAAGGAAAAAGAAAAGGAGAAGGAUAAGCCGAGGAAAACACCUAGGAAAACACCCAGGGAUGAUAGAAGCUUUUGUGUUGUUAUUGAUCAAAAGUGA